UCCUCCCAAUCCGGCUUUUUUCUCUCGGCGGGAGAAAAGCCGCAUCCCAGGUAGAUAAGCAUCACUCUCAGGCUCGGCAGCAGGCUGCCCUUGCUUCUCCCGAAGCCUUGGAAGCGCCCAGGAAUCAGAGCCAGCCAGAAAAACCAGGCACGGCAUCCUAAGAGAGCCGGAGGGAAGAAAGAAAGGAAGGAGGAGAGGGAAAAGCAAGCAAGCAAGCAAGGGGGAGCGAAGGAGGCGCAGGCGGCCGGAGUGAGUGAGCGAGUGAGUGGGAGUCCCUCUGCGCAGGCGCGGGCUCUCCCUCCCCUGCGCCCAGGUGUAAGGCCACUUCCAGAAGGAGGCAGCUGCUGCCCGGGGUUCGAGUCCCGCCCGCGGAUCGGAGCCCCAUGGCCUUGAUGGGGAGGCUCGACUGGCCGGACCGGCAUGAUGGCAGCAGCAAUGGGAACCCCAGACUGCCCCACCUCUCAGCCGUCAGCCAGCACUUGUACAGCCCGGCUCCCCCGCUUUCCCAUUCAGGGGCUUCGGAUUUCCAGCCCCCUUACUUUCCUCCCCCUUACCAGCCUCUACCUUACUCUCAGUCCGGUGACCCAUAUGCGCACCUGGGGGAUCCGUUUACCAUCAACUCGCUCCACCAGCCUCCGCCGCCACCACCUCCCAGCCAGCAACAAACCAGCUGGCCCAACCGCCAGACCAACCAAGAUCAUUCCAGUCUGCCCCAUCAUGCUCGUUCAGGCUUGGUCUCUCAUCUCCCAGGUCUGGAAAGUGGCUCUGUUGGGGUGAGGAGGGAAACCUACAGGCGAUCGGAUCUCCUCCUGCCCCAUGGUCAUGGUCUAGAUGCCUCCAGCCUUGCAGAAAACCUUGGACUGCAUGAAAUGGCUCAUCAGAUGGAAGAGGUCCAGAAUGUGGAAGAUCAACAUUUAUUAAUGCAUGACCAGACAGUCAUUAGAAAAGGUCCCAUUUCAUUAACGAAAAACAAUGCAUUAGGUCUCCCUUGCCAGAAGGAUGGGCUCAUCGGGGUCGUGAUCAAUCCCAACGAGGUUUUCUGCUCCGUUCCCGGUCGGCUUUCCCUUCUCAGCUCCACGUCCAAAUACAAAGUGACAGUAGCAGAGGUUCAGAGAAGGCUCUCCCCCCCAGAAUGUCUCAACGCUUCUUUGCUGGGAGGAGUUCUCAGAAGAGCCAAAUCUAAAAAUGGUGGUCGGUCAUUAAGGGAGAAGCUGGACAAAAUUGGCUUGAACCUUCCUGCUGGCAGAAGGAAAGCGGCAAAUGUGACCUUACUGACAUCAUUGGUGGAAGGUGAAGCUGUACACCUUGCUCGGGAUUUUGGCUAUGUAUGUGAAACUGAAUUUCCUGCUAAGGCUGUGGCUGAAUAUAUGACUCGUCCACAUUUGGGUCGCAAUGAUUUGGCUGCUAGGAAGAACAUGCUGCUUGCUGCAAAGCAGAUCUGUAAAGAGUUCACUGAACUUCUGACUCAGGAUAGAACCCCUCUUGGAAACGCGAGGCCAAGCAUGAUCCUCGACCCUGGCAUCCAGGGCUGCUUGACUCACUUCAGCCUCAUCACACACGGCUUUGGGAGCGCCGCGAUCUGUGCCGCCAUGACAUCCCUCCAGAACUACUUGAACGAAGCGCUAAAAAUAGCAGACAAAACAUAUAUGAAUGUGGGAGACCAGAGCCCUGCAGAAACCAACAAAAGCAUUGAGAAGAUGGACAAACACCGGAAAUGAGAUCUAGAGGCAAUAAAAGAAGGAGAAAAAGAACAAAAGACUUUUAAAAACUGUUCUCGCACAUAGACUUCCAAUCUUCCUGCCUAGAGGGCAUGUAGAUAUCUGUUACAACUUACUUUGGGGCGUGUUUUGUUAUAUUGUUUUUAAAAGCAUCCUUCUGUGGAUCCCCCGUGAGAUACCUGCCUCUCUUUCUCUUCUUUAAAGCUGCCACUAUCCAUUCAGUUGUGGGACCAGGCACCAAAAGGUAACUUAGGUACAAGCUUUUUCAAAAAGAUUCUUUGAACAAUCAAAAGUGGUGCUAUUUCUCUCUUUUAAAACUGUUGAAGUCUGUGAUGUGCUAUUUUUGAGAUGCUUGGUCAAAAACUAUUUUCUCCCUUGUAUAUUUGAUAGUCUUUUGGUUUGACUGAGACACAGCACUAAUACAGAGCUUGGGAAGUUUGCUUUUGGGUGGAAUAAAACUCCCAGAGUCCUCAGCUGGCUGAGGAAUUCUGGGAGUGGUAGUCCAGAACUAACCUUUCCAGGCUUUGCACUAAAUUGUAGUCUGAUGUGCAGUGCUGAGCAAUGUGUUUCCUUCUUGAUCCUGUGGUUGGACUGCAAGACUCAUUGGCCCUAGCCAUCAUGUAGGCAACUACAGUUAGCUGACACCAGGUCUGCACUUUGCCCAUUCCUGUGUUAAUGAUAAGCCAAUUAGUUUGUUGUUCGACUAUCAGGUGUUUGUGGCCUCCUUUUUCCGUCAAUUACAAGAAGGAAAUUGGCACCAUGUCCUUCCUCUUUUAAUACUACAACUGGAAAGAAGAACUAUGGUUUACUUUAAGAUGGCUUAUUGAUACAAACCAAGAUCCUCAAACCACACUUUGCUCCUCCUCCCACCCUGCAGGGCAUAAUAGAUGCUUUUGGCCCUUUCUUGGCAGGUACCAUUCUCCUGGCCCCCAUUGGCCACUGCGUUCUUCCUAUGUGUUGUCUCCUUGUUCUUUCUUACUUUAGUAAUAGAAGGAGAAAGGCUGCUGUAUUUCACAGAAUCCAAUGCUUCAAUAUGCCACCCUUGUAGUUGCCACUAAAUACUGGCAACAAUUGCAAUGGCGGGGAAUAGCGUAGUCCCCGUGGUGUUGCUUGGGGACAAAUGCAUCCUCAGCAGUGCAGUUUUUGCUCAUCAGUGCAGUUGCUCAUUCACACUAACCAUCGAUUACACAGGCCACAGUUUGUUUGUUUUUAAUAUGAACAAUAAACCAUCUUUGAACAGGAAGUAGAUGUUUCCAGUCUCUUGUGCUUGUGGCUGUGAGGAGGGUGAAAUGGGAAGAGAGAGUGGAUAGGGUAAGAGUAGACCAUUUGCUUAAGGCUAAAAUUUUGACUUAAUAUUGUAACCAACUUCAGUUGGUCAUAAUGUUCCGUGGGAGGCAUGAAUUACAGGCUUGGCUUGCGACAUUUUCAGCCUCAAAACAGGAGAGAGUUUAAAGGGCUGGUCUAGGGCUUCCAUAAUCAAGAUAAUACUAAUAAUGCUGCAUCACAGGGCUGGACAAAACAACCCCCAUAGCCUCCUCACCUAAAUUACACUUAAAAAUGCUCCCGUUUUAAACUGCCAAUUCCAGAAUUGCAUCAAAUGGAAUCAGGGCAGUUAGUGGAAUUAUAGUGCUAUACACUGUAUAAUAUGAACGGCUCUAGGAAGAUGUUCUAGGUUCCUCAUAUACUACGUAGCCCCUGAAUUGGCUGCUGAAUUUUAGUAGAAAUUAUAGUGGCAGUGGGAGUGUGCAGAGACUGCAUCUCCUAAAAGAUUAGGAUGGCUGUGGUCAAAAUUUUGAUUCAGUUGUUCAAUAUACAAAGGAACACCUUUCUGACUGACUGAAAGAAGUUGGCAGCAUAAGUUUUCAUAGACUCAAAAGUCUACAAAUGUUUAUGCUACCGACCUCUUUCUCCUAGUUAGUCUUAAAGGAGCUACAAGAUCCCUGAUCCAGAUGAACACAACUGCUGUAUAUACUCAUGUAUAUACAAGGGAACACUUUUGGGUCAACAUUAUGGGUUUUGAUAUGAUCCAUGGAUAAGUUGAGAGUCAUUCUGGGGAGAGGGAAAAAGUCACCAAUACUGACUCGGGACCAGCUGAUCCUGGCAGUCGCCACCACUUCCCCAUUUGAAAAGGCUAGAACAGGCAUGGGCAAACUUUGGACCUCCAGGUAUUUUAGACUUCAAUUUCCACAAUUCCUAAAAGUUGGCAGGUUGUUAGGCAUUGUGGGAUUUUAAGUCCAAAACAUCUGGAGGGCCAAAGUUUGCCUAUGCCUGGGCUAGAAUCAGCGCCAUGAUGGCGAGUAGACUAGAUUGGUGCUCUUAAAGGUUAUCCUGGGAUGGACUAUGCUCUUGUCUUUUUCCACUUAAUUCAGAUAAGGAGAUGGUUCCUUUUUUCAAUAAGAAUUAGGUACAGUACCUAAAUUAACCAGUGGAUAAGUUGACCCAAGUUUUUGGGGUUGAUUUUUGACUAAAAUUUCUAGACUUAUACAUGAGUAUAUAGGGUAUGUUGUUGAUAAGUACAGUAGUUCUGUUCAGUAAGAUCUUACCUGAUCUUGGGAAAUGAGCAACAAAACAAACUGUAUGAAGUAUUACCCCUUAUUUUAAUUCUUCACAAGAGAUUCACAAUUGCAGCCAAAUUUUAAGGCUUUUGUCUAUUAUAAAAACGUAGCAUUCCCCAACCUGGUGUGUCUAGAUUACCAUGACAAUCACCUGCUACUAGAGAUGAAAGGAGUUGUAGUUUGAUAAAGCUGGAGCACAUCUAGUUGGGAAAAGGCAAAGUUAUGUGUUAGAUGAUAAUUUGAAUGCUUGAUAUCACCUCUUGGUUUUUAGAAAAUACAUUGGAUAUAUAAUCCAAGGCGUACUGCUGCAUUUUCUAAUGUAGUACAGCUUUUGCAAGACUGAUAUGAGUGGAACAACAAGCACUAAAAGUAUAUUGUAGAGACCCAUUUUACAUGAGGAUUUUUUUCACCCAUUGUAUAUAAAAUGUUCAGGAUAUUGCAGCUUUAUAAUUCAUCGUCAGGUCUUGUGAUUUUAAAAUAAGAAGAAAACUUGAAAGAAUAGGCACAUAAUGUUUAAUUAUUAUUUUUUUGCCUACAUUGGCCAAAAACUAUAUAUAAAAAUAUAAAUAUAUAUAUAUAUAUCCAGGGAGGUUUUAUGUGUAUAAGGGAAAAUAGUGUGUGGAAUGUAUAUAUUUAUUUAUGUAUAAUUUAAUAAUGGGAUUUGUAAAUAAUUGUGAACAUUUUAAUACUUUUUUUAAUAAAUGGGCUUUAGAUUUAAAGUAUUUCCUGCAUCCCAGAAAAAAGGUAAUGGGUUAGCUCACUACACUGUUAGAUCUGUACAGAUCUGUUUUAUGCUGGGUAUUUAAAAGACUUUUUAUUUAAAAAAAGAAAAAAAAGAAAAACCCUUUCUAUUUUUGCCACUGAAGAUUUAUAUGUAAUCUGAGGUGCGUGUUAACAAAGCAAUAACUUUGUGUAUUUGGUAGCAACCAUUUGAAAAUGAGUGUGACGGCAGUUUGUUUGGGACUGGGGUGGGGAUAAUAGCAAUCAUAAAACGAUAUCCCUUUUGGUUUUGUAAAUGUUCCUCAUUAAUCCACUGCCAUUGUAUAGGAUGCUCCAUAUAAUAAAAGUAUUCUGAAUAGAA